UGACGCUCAGGAAGUGGACUAACCACCAAAGAUUCCCGCAGAUUCGAUAUCGAUUGUCCCAAUGUUACAAACGUGUUCACACUGACGUAAACCUUUGAUUAAAUAUUUUUUGUGGGAUAUCCGAGACGAUAAUGCUGGAUGGUUGCGCUCAUGAAAUUCACCAGAGAUAUAUGCAGGCUGUUGGGACUCGGGAGCGGCCCCGCUGUCCAGCAGCAGGAGGAGCAGAUGGACUGUGGUGCCGCAAACUCUGACCCAAGCAAUGAUGCCACUUUGUCACAGGAUGCAUUAAAUGGAGAAGAGGAUUUGAGUGAGGAGGAGAAGGUCAGACAGAGGGCAGAGCGACGUAAAGCCAAGAGAAAGCGCCGUCGAAAACGUAAGAAGCAGGAGCAGGUUAAGCAAAAUGAGAGUGCUGAACGGGAUGAUGAAGACGAGGAUGGAGGUGCAGAGUCUGAACUGGAUGACAGCGAGUCAGAAGCAGAAGUUGAUGCUGAAGAGGAGAAAGUGAGGGUGCAAAAAGAGGAGGAGGAGGAGGAGGAGGAGGAUGCAGCUGCUUCACACAAUCGCACCCCCACUCCAGUCAUGGCUCCUUCAGGAAUCAAAGGACAUCAGAAGAACCCAGCUAGAUCCACUGAAGAGGAGCCAGAGUGGGAUGUGAGCAGUGCCUUCUUUGCUAAUGCUGCUAGCCAUAUCAAACCCAAAGGAACAAGUCGCAAGUCCAAAGAAAACAAGGAGAAUGAAGCCAGGAGAGAGACAAACGGAACUGACACCAUGACUAAGAAAAGCGCAUCACUGACAGCAGAAAAAGGGAUAAAGCUGGUGCAAGAGGGGCAGUACCCACAAGCAGUCAGUAUGUUUACAGAAGCCAUUAAAUGUGAUCCAAAGGAUAACAGGUUUUUUGGGAAUCGUUCCUAUUGCUAUUACUGCUUGGAGCAGUACCCUCAAGCCCUGGCAGAUGCUGAACGCUCCAUUCAGCUGGCCCCAGACUGGCCCAAAGGACACUUCCGCCAGGGCAGUGCUCUCAUGGGCAUGAAGCGGUACAGUGAGGCAGAGAAGGCUAUGGAGCAGGUGCUCAAACUGGACAAAGACUGUGAGGAGGCUGUCAUUGACCUUUUUAACUGCAGAGUGCUGCAGUUAAUGGAUCUUGGUUUUGAGGAAGGGCAAAGCGUCAUGCUGCUGGAAAGAUUUUCAACUGUGCAGGCUGUUCUUGCAUCUUGUUCUGAUGUUGCCAGGGCUGGGAGCCAAGAUCCAUCAGUUAUGCAACCAGGAAGCCCAUGUCCAUCUCUGUGGGUGGGAAAUGUGACGACUGAGCUAACUGAGAAACACCUAUGGGACCUUUUUAAAAUGUAUGGUGAGAUAGAGAGUAUCCGUGUGCUGCAUGAGAGAUUCUGUGCCUUCGUCAACUUCAAGAAUGCAAACAUGGCCGCCCGUGCCAUGGAGAAACUUAAUGGUUAUUGUAUUGAGAACACACGUCUAGUAGUGCGUUAUCCUGACCGCCGCACUCAGAGGGUCCUUCCUAUUCCACUUAAGACCUGUCUCCCUGUCACACAGCAGGCAGGGGCAGCUGCUGGACCACGACGACGUGGCCCAGUAAACGGAGACGAGUGUUACUUCUGGAGAACCACCGGUUGCCACUUUGGGGACAAAUGUCGCUACAAACACAUUCCUGAUCAGAAAGGCAAGGACAGGAAGCCCUGGCAGCCUUGAACUUAGCCUACUCUCUGCCCCAGUAGUAUGCAGGACACUGGGACGCACAGACUGAGCCAAAAGGAGCUGGCACUUACUGGACCAGGUUCUAAGGGCUAAAAAUAUUUACUGUAGCAGAAUGGACCAGAAUAGUCAAUGGAUCUUAGCCAACACUCAGGCUUUAAGGCCGGGAUCGUCACACAUGUGCCACAAAAGACUGGGAGUACGAAGGUUUUUUUUAAUUUUUUAUUUCAACCCAAGACUAAACUGAACGAUAUUACUCAGUAGUACAACAUUAACCAGAGGUGAGCAACAAAUUCACCUGGUGUAGUCUUUGUUUUGAAUGAAAACCCUCAUAACCGCAGUGCUUCAUGGCACAUGGUGACCUAUUCUCGCUUUAAGGGAUACAACCUAACCUCAUUGGCGUACAACAUAACGAGGAAGUGAAACUGCCUUGGUACACAAUUGGGGAAAAAAAAGAAGUAAUGGCUCCGUCAUGUACAGCAGUAAUGAAAGGUAACACAAGGUUCCUCAGUGACGAUCCUGGUGACCUUUCUUCUUUAGAAAUUCUAUCACAAAGAAUUGUUUCUCCCCAUUUUUAAAGUCACUUGACCAAUACUUUAACAUGCAGUUUGUGAAGCUGAUUUCUAACAGCUUCUCAGACCACUUUUUAAUUGCUCACACCAGUCUGCGGAUCAUACUGGGGCUCCAUUCCCACUCUGCCAGUAUCAGCAUAUUGUCCACCAGACCAAAGACUUACCAACAGACGUACUUGACAUUUCAGUACCUCCCCUAUGCAGAUGAGGGUUUUCCUUUAGCCAAUAAGCUACAGAGACCCAGAUAGGUGCCUUUAUACUGUGCUGUGUAGCCUUAGUUAAGAUGAUCAUACAUGGGUAAAUAGACUUGCGACAUUGCAGAAUUGUAUGUAUUAAUGUGGAUUAGGUGUGCCUAUUGGCUGUGAGUGAGUCCGCACAUUGCAUGCCCGUUCUGUUAUCUUGGAGGGCUCAUUGUGCUUCAUAACCAUACUUGUAGGGUAUGGAAGAAGUAACAGAAACACCUGUCGAUCUCAUGCAAUUCAGUAGAAUAAAUACUACCUUUUCUCUAUGGCAAUUUUGAGGUUGAGAUAGUUUUUGGUUUUGUUGUAUUGGAUUGCAUGAAAUGUCAGGUGUGCAGACUUCUUGUUCUCGCAGACUAUAGGAGAACUAGUUGCGGCACUGAUCUGCAUACCCAAUGCAAAUGAAUAGCCUUCAUAAGUUUUUAUCUCUGCAUUAGAAUAUGAAAUAUGCUUUCCAGGUACAUUUGCAUAGUAAACAUGACAGUGCUUUAUGUCUAUGCAAAAGAAGAAGUGGCUACUUAAUUGUAACUUCUGUGUCAGACAUACACACCUGCCACCUCUGGCACAAGUAGUCUGUUGAUCUCUAUGACAGACAUGGUGAUGUCAUUUAUAAACUAGUUCAUACUACAAGACAGUGCCUUAUAAGAAUUCAUGCUCAGUCACAUUCAUGGCAACGUGUGUAACACAACAAAGAACUUGUGAACCUUGAAAAGCAGUGUUUCUGACCUUAGGGGUGUCUCCAUUUCAGUAUUUCAGUGAACCAAAGAAUGCUUCAUCUAACGGCUCUGCACUGAAAGCAACUUUGUUUUAUGAGUUUCAACACUAGACAGUGCAUUAAAAUCCAUUGGCAUGUGUCUGUAUCAUCCACUAGAUAACAAUCACAGCUACAACACCUGGCUUAUGUCCACACUACGUUCACUAGUAAACUAUGCACAGCAUAGUCAGAGUAUUUAUUUUCCUAUUUAUACCUACGUUUUUUUUCCAUUUCUUUUUUACAACAUACUUUGGGAGCUGAAUACAGUUUUCAAUUCUUUUGUCUAUUUACUUUAUGGUAGGUUAAAUAAAUGUCCCCUCCUAUGUUUAUUUCUGAUUUGAGGAAAAAAACAUUGAGAAUACUUUGGUGCAAACACUGUCACAUGCUGCACUUCUACUUUUCUUAUUAGUUUCUGUCUAAUGGUUAAAACUUGUGAAAAAGGAAUUGGACACCAAACCUCAAGACUGCACUUGUUGUUUAAAAGAAAUAGUGCUUGUUCCUUAUUUGACUGGUGCUGUUAGCGACAAAUAAUUUUGCAGACUAAUACCAUAGUAUAUUUUGAUUUCAUCUUAUAGAUAUUUCAAAAUUUGAUAAUUCCCUGAGUUAAAUUUUAUGCAUUCGGUCUGUUUUUAGUCUUUUUACCUUGUUUCAAACUAUUUCAGGAACAUGCAUUUUUAAUUAUAAUGUACACAUUGAUAACCAGAGCACUGCAAUCCUGUUAAUCUUCCAAAUAUUUUGUAUUAUCGUUACUGCACUGCAAAAGAGUCUUUUAUAUUUAAUAAAUGUAUUUGAACCACCUA